AUGUCUAGCCGAGUGGUUAGUACCUACCUCCCGUGGGGGCUGGAUCGCUCAUAUCAGAGGGAUUGGCCGGAUGAUGGAAAUGUGUGGACCAGAGUCAUUUACUGGACCGAUCGCGCACCAGCUCUUUAUCGGCUUCCGGCCCCUAGUUAUACUGGAGGCGUGCAUCUCCCGUCAAGACACGUUCCUUUCUUCGGUCGAGUGGCGGACAAUACCUUUUGCAUUUCAUGA